UGUAUAUAAUAUAGUGAUUGUUAUCCAUAGAACUGUGUUGUGUUAUAGCUAAACCUUGUUUAAUAUCUAUGCUCCAGUCUAUAAUUUUUCUCUGAAUUGUGGUUUUCACAAACUAAAUCCACACAGAGAAGACCCUCUCCUUCAUGUAUAUAAAACAAGAAGAGGCUGAGACAAAACAUGUACAUGCUUUACUAAUCUCAUCUUUAACAAUCUAUCUGUGAUGAAGACCUAUCAAGAUUGUGGACCAAGUUUGUGUCGCCACCUACUAAGUGUAAAAAUGUAAGUGUGAAUUUAGCGAAACGUCAUAAUGUACAGUUACACUUUCGCUUCUCUAAAUGUAAGCAGUGGCGGAUUAAGCUCCACCAAGGCCUGAGGCGGCAGUUGCUGGAGGGCCUAUUUAGUUUUUAAAGUUAGAGCCAAGGUAGUUGCUAACAUUAAAAACGGGAUUCGUUAUAAUACUGAGGUUAUCCUGGGGCCUACAAUCGCGUCAUAACUAGUCUGACGUCUUAGACUAUACUAAGCCAAAGUUGUUUGAUAUUGGUAAUGUAACUUUAUAUGCCCAUAAAUGACGUCACGUGGAUACAAUAUGAAUAUAUUAAGCAAGACAUAACCGAAAACUUACAAGGAUUUAACGUAUGUAGACCUACGUUUAAAAAAUAAGAUCAGAUCUCCAAACAAAAGGGCCUAUUUAAAAUGUUGUGGGCCUAAUUAAUUUUGGGUCAGGGCCUAUGUUGAUUCCCGUUGGGCCUUAACCCCACCCCCCUAACAUUCAUUGUCUAUGCGUUUUUAAUCGUAUCAGACAAGUCUAAAAAAAUUUUUUUUACAAAAUCUUUGGCCCUGAGGCUGUAGCCUUCUCAGCCUCACUGAUAAUCCGUUACUGAAUGUAAGUGUAACUGUUAAGUUGCGAAACCUCUCUGAUAUAUAGGUCCUACACACAACAUUUCAACACGGUUAAAUUCGUGUGAAUAUGUUCUAUGUGAUUGUUAUCCAUAGAACUAUGUUGUGUUACGACCUGUUUUUAUUUUAAAAAAAAUAAUAAAAGCAGUUUAUUAAAUUACUGCACGUAAAUAUUUCUCCCCGGUCACUGGAAGUACAUUCAACUCUAAAAAAUUUGAAGGAAUCCAAAGAUGUGCCAUAGACUUCUUUAUCAAGUUUGCAACCCUGAUAAGUGUUACUGGAUAAUCAUUCCUACUAACAACAUGAUGAGAUAAAUGUUAAUGGAUAAUCGUUCCUAUUAACAACAUGAUGAGAUAAAUGUUACUGGAUAAUCGUUCCUAUUACUGGAUAAUCAUACAAUAAACAACAUGAAGAGGAAACUAAUGAUGUUAACACAUUUCAUCAGUGUGUUGAAUGUAAUGAGAUAUUUCAACAGCACAGUGACUUAGAAGUCCAUAGCAAGAUACAUUUGAUAAAUGGGAAUUAUGUUGAGAAUAGCGAAGACAGUGAGAUAUUUCAUCAAUGUAUUAUAUGCAAUGAGGUUUUUAAACUUAAAAGUGACCUAGAAAACCAUAAGAAAAUUCAUUUUUCAAAUGGGACCGAGAGUGCUGAUGAGAAGAGUGCAGACAACAAAAGAUUUCUUCAGUGUGUUGUGCGUAAAAAAACCUUUAAUUGUCGCAGCAAUCUAGAAAACCACAAGACGAUUCAUUCUAUAAAUGAGUCUAAUGGUGAUGUUGAGAUUGAUAAAGGUACAUUUCACCAGUGUGCUGUAUGCAAUGAGGUUUUUAAAUUUAAAAGUGACCUGGAAAAUCAUAAGAAAAUUCAUUUUUUAAAUGGGACUGACAGUACUAAUGAGAAGAGUAUAGAAAACAAAAGAUUUCACAUUAAUCUGGAAAACCAGAACACGAUUCAUUUUAUAAAUGGGAAUGAUUCUAGCGUUGUUGAGAACAAUGACAUUUUCCAACUUAAUGGUGACUUCGGAAACUACAAAAAGACUCAUUCUAUAAAUAAUGACACAUACAUGUACCAGUGUGUUGCGUGUGAUAAAAGUUUUCAGGAUUACAGUGAUCUAGAAAACCAUGUGAAAACACAUGUUAAGAAAGAGAAAACAGAUGAGUUUGAGUUUGAAACAUUACAUCAGUGUAACAUGUGCAAUGAAAAAUUUAAUACGGCAAGUGAAUUAGAAGAUCAUUGUGAAAGCCACAUCAACGAAGAGAAUGAUAAAGGUGAUUUCAAUCGAAAGGAGUUGCAAGGAAUUUCGCAAAGUGAUGUAACUCACUCUGUUGAUUCUGGACAUCAAUUACCAGGGUCUGAAGAUGGUGGUUUCAAUUCAGAGGAGUCACAUGGAAUUUCUGGAAGUCAUGUGACUCAAUCUGGAAGUCAUGUGAUUCAAUCUGGAAGUCAUGUUGAACAUAAAUUACCAUGCUCUAAUAAAGAGUCUGAAGACGUUGAUUUCAAUCCAGAGAAAUCACAGGGAAUUUCUGGAAGUCAUGUGACUCAAUCUAUUUAUAUUGAACGUAAAUUACCGUGGUCUAAUAAAGAGAAAUCCUUACAAUGGCCCCAAGAGAAAUGUUUCCAAUGUGAAAUAUGUUCCAAAUGGUUUCAAUAUCAGAUGUAUCUAGACACCCAUAUGAAACUGCAUACCCAUCAGAAACCAUUCAAAUGUGAUCAUUGUAGUAAGGCCUAUAACGUACACGGCACUCUAAUGCGACAUGUGCUCACCCAUUAUGGUGACAAACCUUUCACUUGCAGCAUUUGUAGUAGAUCGUUUUAUGAAUGCAAUAAGUUACGAAUCCAUAUGAGGAUCCACACAGGAGAGCGACCCUAUGUGUGCAACGUGUGUCGUAAAUCAUUCCGUGAUACCUGUCUUCUCCGUCAACACAUGCGAAUCCACACGGACGAAAAAACUUUCAAGUGCAGCAUCUGUGAGAAAUCCUACAAACAAAAAAGUGGUUUGCAUAAACAUUUAUUAUUUCAUACCGGCGAGAAACCAUUCCUUUGUAUCUACUGUAAUAAAUCGUUCACUCAGAAAGUCCAUUUAAAUGAACACAUCCGAAUCCACACCAAAGAUAAACCCUUUAAAUGUGACUUUUGUAGCAAGACCUGCAACAGUCGAAAAAAUCUACAGCAACACACGAGAAUUCACACUGGCGAAAAGCCGUUCACGUGUGAUGUUUGUAGUAAAUCGUUCAGCGCUAAGUGUUCUCUAGUCAAACAUGUGAUAAUUCACAGCGGAGAAAGGCCUUUUAAAUGUGAUGUUUGUAGUAAAACAUACACACACAAAGAAACACUCACUAGACAUAGUUUUAUUCAUAGUGGGAAAAAAACAAAUUCAAUUGUGCCCAUUUAAUUAUGUCAUGUUUGGAGUAAAUUUCUUGUGGUUUAUGGCACAAUUUUUCACCCCAUGCAAACAUGCGAUCUUUAAAUUUAAAGAAACUCACAAGACACAGUUUUAUUCAUAGUUGGGAAAAAAACAAAUUCAAUUGUGCCCAUUUAAUUAUGUCAUGUUUGGAGUAAAUUUCUUGUGGUUUAUGGCACAAUUUUUCACCCCAUGCAAACAUGCGAUCUUUAAAUUUAAAGAAACUCACAAGACACAGUUUUAUUCAUAGUUGGGAAAAAAACAAAUUCAAUUGUGCCCAUUUAAUUAUGUCAUGUUUGGAGUAAAUUUCUUGUGGUUUAUGGCACAAUUUUUCACCCCAUGCAAACGUGCAAUCUUUAAAUUUAAAGAAACUCACAAGACACAGUUUUAUUCAUAGUUGGGAAAAAAACAAAUUCAAUUGUGCCCAUUUAAUUCAGUCAUAUUUGGGGUAAAUUUCUUGUGGUUUAUGGCACAAUUUUUCACCCCAUGCAAACAUGCGAUCUUUAAAUUUAAAGAAACUCACAAGACACAGUUUUAUUCAUAGUUGGGAAAAAAACAAAUUCAAUUGUGCCCAUUUAAUUCGGUCAUAUUUGGAGUAAAUUUCUUGUGGUUUAUGGCACAAUUUUUCACCCCAUGCAAACAUGCGAUCUUUAAAUUUAAAGAAACUCACAAGACACAGUUUUAUUCAUAGUUGGGAAAAUAACAAAUUCAAUUGUGCCCAUUUAAUUAUGUCAUGUUUGGAGUAAAUUUCUUGUGGUUUAUGGCACAAUUUUUCACCCCAUGCAUACAUGCAAUCUUUAAAAUUAAUGUACAUCCAUCCUUGGUAUCCCUAGUGGUCUUGUUCCAUUCUACAUCACUAACCUCUGGGUUAAAGAUACAUUAUGUGAGAUUAGAUAACUAUAAUAGUUAAAAAAUAGAUAAUGUAAAGGGAAUUGGCUGAAAAUUGCAGUCAAAUUGAUCCACUCUGAACCAAGAUUUUAGCAAUUGAAUUUUCGGCCUACCCUUGAUCAUCAUUACUAAAGUUGGUACGAUAAAAAAACAUAGUCUCAACUAUCCAUUUCAUUUUCAUGAUUAAAUUAUGAAUAAAGUCGAACAGCAAAUUGGAACCUAAUCCAAUAAACAUCGUAGACUAGCGAUGCCAUCGAGAGUUGAUUAUGGUCUGUUUAAGUUAAUUAAUGUCUAAUUAAUAAUUUAGAUAACAUUUCAGGCCUAAAGAAAGACCUGCAAUAGGCAGAAUUAGCUCUUGCAUAAUGUCUGUUUAAUUAUGUCAUGUUUGUAGUAAAUCCUUGUGGUUUAUGGCAAAAUUUUCCACCCCAUGUAUACAUGCCAUCUUUAAAAUUAAUGUACAUGCAUCUUUGGUAUCCCCAGUGGUCUCGUUCCAUUCUACUCUACUUACCUCUGGGUUAAUCAAUUGUGGGAAAGGGGACAUAUAUUCAAGUUAUCUGCCCAUGAUGAUUGUGCUAUACUUAUCUACCAAUCCCAUAAAUCGUUAAUUGCAAAGGGAAGUAACUUUCAUCUUGUUGCAACAAGCUGUGAAGGUAAACAUAGAGGUUAAAGAGUCUUAGUAACCCUUGUUUGUAAACUGUUUUUUUCAUUGGAGGGCCUGACAAGGACAGCUGUCUAAUCCUUCAGAUGAGACGGAAAACCGAGGUCCCGUGUAUAUAUUGGAAUGCACGUAAAAGAUCCCCUGGCAGUUGGAAUUCGAUAUAAGAGUAGGCGAUAGUGCCGCUGCUCGGGCAAAAUUUCCCUCAUAGCACACUGUAUGGCGUAUGCCCGUCUUCAUUAGCCCAGGUUAGGAGCAGAACAGUAGGAUGUUAAACCCCAUUUCAUUUCAUUUCAUUUUUUCAUUGGUUUGCAGACUCAAGCUAUGAUCAAGGCCAGGGCAGAUAAUUUGAAAUCGUGAAAACCCUAUGGAUUAUCCCCCCAAGGGUACAAUGGAGUAGAAUGAAAUGAGACAACUGGUGAAACUGAGGCUAAUGGAAAUGUUGCAUACAACAUUAUCCCAUCAAUAUUCAUGAGUCGACAUAAAGUCCCUCUGUAGAUCAUUGAUAUACCUUUAUUCUCUUGAAAAUACAAUAUUGUCAAAGUUGAAUCUAAAACGAAUAUGGGUCCAAAAAUGCUUCAGUUGCAUCUAGUAUUUCCAAAGGUAUGUAAACAUUUGCAACUUUCAGCAUUUGGCAUACACUGUACAUGUAGAUGUCGUGUCCAUCAUCUGGGUGACCGAGACCACUGCAGAUGAUAAAAUUGUGAAAUAGUCAAACUGGAAAUAGAUUUUAAGAAAGCCAAAAUUCACUUCGAUGAAAAUGGUCAGAAAUUUGAGCAAUAUUUAUGAUUUGUCUUUGUUAGCCCCGUUAUUAAUGCAGAAAACUAGGAAGUUAAACUCUGUUUCAUGUCGGGAGCCAUGGUGGCUAAGUGGGUAAGGCGCUAGCUCGCUUGACUGGAGGUUGCAGGUUCGAUCAUAGUGUUGGCCAAGAAAGUUCAUUGGGAUUUUCUGGCAUGGAUUCUCCUUUUCAGUGAUGCAGGAUGGAGAGCUUGACAAGGAAAGCUGUCUAGUUGUUUGGAUGGGAUGAAAAACCUAGGUCCUGUGCACACACUGGCAUGCACGUAAAACAUCCCUUGACAAUUGGAAUUUGAUAUAAGAGUAAGUCAUAGCACCGCUGUCCUGGCAAAAUUUCCCUCAUAGCACACAGUAUGGUAUAUGCUCGUAUUCAUUAGCCCAGUUCGGAGCAGAAAAGUAGGAAGUUAAAACUCCAUUUCAUUUCAUUUCAUUUCACCGCAAGGGUGAAUGAAAAUGGAAAAUUUAAGAGAAUUUAACUGAUUGUAUACAUGUAUAUAAAUGUAUGUAUUUUAUGAUGCUUAUGUACUUAAAUUAUACACAAAGGCCUUCUAGUACAAGUAUUGGAAUAUGACAAUAUGUAGGCCUACAUGAUAUGUGCAUAAUAUCACAUUGCUAAACUGAUGCUACAUAUUAAAUAAAGAUUUUAAAUGAA